AUGCUAGAUUUGUCAAAUCAUCGUCAAUCAAUUCAAGUUUUUCUUGACAAACAUUCUCAAAAGGCAAAAAGUGAGUACCGAAUUCGUUUGAAAGCUUCAGUUGAUGUGGCAAGACUUCUUUUGUAUCAUGAAUUGUCUUUUCGAGGUCAUGACGAAAGUGAAGCUUCAACUAAUCAAGGCUACUUUUUAGAAUUUUUGCGGUGGCAUGGAGACAAACAUCCGGAUGUGGAAAAAGUAAUAUUAGAAAAAGCUCCACAAAAUGAUACUUUGACUUGUCCUAUGAUUCAAAAGGAUAUAGUCAAUGCUUGUGCGAAAGAAACAUUGAAAGUUAUAAUUGAUGACUUGAAUGGAGAUUACUUUGGGAUAUUAGUUGAUGAAUCCAAAGACAUCUCACAUAAAGAACAAAUGGGUUUUGUUUUGAGUGAUAUAUCGGCAUGCUCAUUGAAAAAAGAAAUUUAUUCUUUGCUUUCCGAUCACUCACUAAGUCCAUCCAAAAUACGUGAACAAGGUUAUGAUAAAGAUAGUAAUAUGAAAGAAGAGAUAAAUGAUCUCAAAACUUUAAUUAUGAAAGAUAGUCCUUCGGCAUAUUAUAUUUAUUGUUUUGCAAAUCAAUUGCAACUAACAUUUGUUGCUAUUGCUAAAAAAUAUUUAGAAGUUGAAAACUUUUUUGAUCAUGCUACUAAUGUGUUGAAUGUUGUUGGAGGAUCUUUUAAGUGUAGAGAUUUACUUCGUCAUCACCAAGCUGAAAAUUUGAAGCAAUUGCUUGAGUCCGGUGUAGCUUAUACCAGACAAGGAUUACAUCAAGAAUGUGGGCUUCAAAGACCGGGUGAUACUCGUUGGGGAUCACAUUUCAAGACAUUGGAUAGCUUUCUUGUUAUUUUCUCAUCUAUUGUUCAUGUGCUUGAAGUGAUUGAAAUUGAAGGUUCUACCUCAAGUGAUAGAAAUCAAGCGGAAUAUUUUUUGACAAAGUCAAAGCGUAAGUGUUUGGAUAUUUGUUAUUCACACCAUUUGCGUGUUGAAAUCUUUUGUACGGUCAUUGAUGUGCAACUUCAAGAGCUUAAUGAUCGUUUUGAUAUAGUGAGUAGUGAUUUGCUUCUUGGGAUGCGUAGCUUGAAUCCUGUCAAUUCUUUCUCUAACUUUGACAAAGAUAGAAUCAUGACUUUAGCAAAGUGUUAUCCAAAUGAGUUUGAUGAUGGAAAGCUUCGAGAUUUGAGUUACCAACUUGAUACUUUCAUAAUUCAUAUGCGAGGUGGUAAUUCCAAAUUCUCCAACUUGCAAGGAAUUCGUGACUUGGCAAAGGCAUUAGUUGAGGCAAAUGUUGUGGAGACUUAUUCACUUGUUUAUUUACUUGUGAAGUUGGCUCUAAUUUAUCCGUUGCUACAGCAACUGUGGAAAGAGCAUUCUCUUCCAUGA